AUGGCAGACGGCACUGUGCAACCUGCAGCUGCGUGGAAGUCGUUGGAGAAGGAUUACAGGGCUAAGUGCGGCGAGGCUGAUGCCGUCUUUGAGAAACUAUGUGAACUCCAUACCGCUAAAGAAGCAGAAUGUGAGAACCUCAGGUAUGAUCUUCAGGAUCAAACCGAGUCUCGAAGACAAUGGCACAAGCGCGCCGCCGAAGCCGAAUCUCGUCUGUCGAGUGUUCAACAUGUCAUGGUCCUCGUCGACGGGAAUCACCACUUUUUCAACCCAAAUCUUGUAAGAGCAGGAAUACAGGGGGCAAAAUCAGCCAUAGACGCUCUCGUGGCUGAAGCCAAAACUUUCGCUCGCGAGCAGCACAAAAAUGACCUGCCCGACCACCUUUCGGUAGUAGUGCACAUUUUCAUCGACGUUGGCAAGCUGGCCGAUGACCUCUCAAUCGCGGGCGUGCUUCCCGAUCCUGAUCAGCUCUGGACUUUCAUUCAAGAUGCAGGUAAACUGGAGCCGGGUAUCACAAUCUCCGACUGUGGUGCUGGUCGCCAUGCUGUCGAUGCAAAGAUGAAGCACUUUUACGAAUUGUAUCUCGAAAACUGCCAUUGCAGACAUCUUUUUCUGGCUUUGGAUCGCCAGUCAGAAUACCACAAAAUCCUUCAGACCUAUGCCGACGACGAUUACACACGGUCAAAGACGUCUCUCGUUCGGCUGGGAGAAGAGCUGUCCAAUGGCUACAACUCCCCAUUCCAUAAAGUUGACUUCUCGGUCAUUCAAGCUGUGCCUAAACAGGCCACCUCCUUCACUCUGAUCGGUCCGCAGAUCAACGGGACAGGCAUGGGCCCGUCCCCAGUUCAACAAUACGGCGGCACGAGUGUGCAGUCACUGCCAACUCACCUUAGCAAUUCGAAGCCCUUUGUACAACCAGCUCCGCCCUCCCAUCCGCCCCCCCGUGGUCCCAAGGCUGCAAAGCCUCCGGCCCGGACCUUUGAGAAAAUACAGAAGCCAGGCUCCACAGUCUCAUCAGUGCCUGCAAAACCACAGGUUGAAAGAAAUGGCGAUAUUGACAAAUUGGAAGGCUCAAGCUCGGUCGGAGUCGUCAAACUUGACACGUCGUCACACUCUUCUCGUCACUCAAAAGCUGCAGAGCAGAGCUGGGAGAAUGCGCAAACUAACAGUUACGCACCACCUGCGAUCGUAGACCCAUGGGGGGAGGAAAAACCAACAACCAAAUAUGUGGAUGAGGAAUCUGUCCCGUGGAGGAGACCAAACAGCAGUCAAAGUAGGAGGCAGAAGGCCGGGCACCGGAAAAAAAAUCGUCCAUUCAAUGGCCAACCACCAAAACAGUCUCCUCGACAUUUUGAAGGCUCGUGGGAUGAGAUGGUCCAAAGUGAGCAGUCCAAAGCACCGACCCAAGUGUCAUCCCCUUCACCGGCGCCAACAAGCUCGUCCCUUUUGGCGGCCGCAACCAGAUCGAACGACUUUACGCCGGCAUUCACACGUCAAGCUUUGACAAAACCCGACCCAAACCCUUUAGCACGCCCGAUUUGCUCUCCCGUUGCUUUGAACCAGCUGGGGCAGCGCAUCGACUUGAAACUUCCGCGCGAGACAGCGUCUGAGCGCGAAGCUUUCGAUUCGCGUGUAAACAAUCGACAAUUGUGCAAUGAGCAUCACAUGCGAAGCAGCUGUACCGAUACAAAGUGUCCGUUCGACCACGAGGAGAUUUCGGACGGCAUUUAUCUUGCAUUGCGAAACAUCGCUCGUAACACGCCGUGCAACGAAGGCGCCGAAUGCCGACGCCACGAUUGCUACUGGGCCCAUCAUUGUCCCAACACGUCAAAGUUCUCCACUUGCGCCAGAGUCAUGUGUCCCUUCAACAAGAAGAGUUUGCACUCAACUGUCGACCUGGAAAUUGUCGACAUGAUUCGACCACCGGAAGUAAAGACGCAACGAGAAGAGGAAUUGCUGCUGUGACCGACGGUCAAUUGCUUGAGGAAGAAGAGAUGAGCUACCGAAGGACUGCGAGAGAUGGAAUUUCGAAGCAAAGAGGGGCGAAAACUGUGAAGACAUUUCUUUCCUUUCCUUUUUCCUGAGCAUCAACAUACGAUGGCGUUCUCACACGUUGGUGGAAGCGGAGGAUUUACCGAGGACGCAAGAAAAGCCUAUUGGGAUAGAAGAACCGCCAAAAACGCUUGGGAGGCGGCCAUUCGUAACGCGUCGUGAAUCAUAAUGAUGUGGCCUACUAGCGCCAGCGAGCUACCGUGCAGCAGGCUAUUCCUCUG